AUGCUACAACGUGACAACUCCCCUUUCUUUGAAAUUUGCGUCACCCACGUACAUCGUCACGCCAUGGCUUCUUCGUGCAGCCCAACCUCAUGUCUCAACAUCAAAACACGUUUUCUCGUCCUCUCUGAUACCCAUGGCCACGAAAUACCACCGGAGUACUUUGAGCACCAGGCCGACGUAGCCAUCCACUGCGGCGACUUGACCACAGAAUCUAAAAUCGAAGAAUUUAGCUCCGCCAUCAACAUACUUCGCAGUAUAAAGGCCCCCCUCAAGCUGGUCAUUGCUGGCAACCACGACUUCACCCUGGAUAUCCCUAUAUUCCAACGGAAAGUCGCAGAGGUAAACCCACCCCUGGACCCGCAGUUAGUCAAAAGAGAAUACGGUGACUAUGGGGAGAUUAGGAAGUUGUUUAACCAAGCUGGCACAAGCGGCAUUGUUCUCCUCGACGAAGGCACCCAUCACUUUACUCUUGCAAACGGUGCAUCGCUGAAGGUAUAUGCAAGCCCCUAUACCCCCUCGCUUGGCGACUGGGGUUUCCAAUAUCGCCCUGAUACGGGCCAUAACUUUGAGAUUAGUAACGACGUCGACCUCGUUAUGACGCAUGGCCCGCCCAGGGGCAUCAUGGACACGACUUACUCGCGUGAGCGGGCCGGUUGCCCCAACCUCUUCGCGGCUAUCGCUCGCGCACAACCACGGAUGCACUUUUUUGGCCAUAUCCACGAAGGAUGGGGUGCAAAGAUGGUGGCAUGGCGGGAAAGAAUCAGCGUGGCGCCCUCGCAUCUCACCGACAUCGACAAUGGAAGAACUACAGUGGUUGACAAUCUUUCCAGGCUCAACCCUGGAACUCGAGUCCGCAAAACGAGCCUUUACGAGGUGUCCCCGGUCCUCUCGCAAUCAGGCUCUCAGACACUCUUUGUUAACGCCGCUGUUGAGGGCACUGAGGAGUCUCCGGUGCAACCGCUGUGGCUUGUUGAUUUUGGCCUUCCCCCUGCUGUAUAA